AUGGCGGACGGAAAGGGAGAUGCCGCCGCCGGGGCCGGGGCUGGGGCUGAGGCUUCGGCGGCAGCCGGAGCUGGGGAAGGAGCGGAGGCUGAGGCCAUGGCUCGGGGUCAUCGCCCCGCGUCUCCGGCGUCGGGAGUCCCGGGAUUGCGACCGUGUCUGUGGCAGCUGGAGACGGAGCUGAGGGAGCAGGAGGUUUCGGAGGUUUCAUCUUUGAACUACUGCCGGAGCUUCUGCCAGACUUUAUUGCAAUAUGCAAGCAACAAGAAUGCAUCAGAACAUAUUGUGUAUCUUCUGGAGGUUUAUCAACUUGCCAUCCAAAGCUUUGCCAGCGCACGACCGUAUUUAACUACUGAAUGUGAAGAUGUCCUCUUAGUGCUUGGCAGAUUAGUACUGAGUUGUUUUGAAUUGCUGCUUCCAGUAUCUGAAAGUGAACUGCCAUGUGAAGUCUGGGUACCUUUCCUUAAGAGUCUACAGGAGUCACAUGAUGCAUUGUUGGAAUUUGGUAACAAUAACCUACAAAUAUUGGUUCAAGUUGCCAAGGAAGGUGUGUGGAAAAACCCAGUUCUUCUUAAAAUCCUGUCUCAACAGCCAGUAGAGACAGAAGAAGUCAAUAAGUUGAUUGCACAAGAAGGAUCUUCGUUUCUGCAAAUGCGAAUAAAACAUUUGUUGAAAUCCAACUGCAUAACCCAGGCUACAGCUUUAUCAAAACUAUGUGCAGAAUCUAAAGAAAUUUCCAAUGUGUCAUCUUUUCAACAAGCCUACAUCACAUGUUUAUGUUCUAUGCUUCCUAAUGAAGAGGCCAUUAAGGAGAUUGCAAAAGUCGACUGCAAGGAAAUACUAGACAUCAUAUGUAAUCUGGAAUCUGAGGGUCAAGAUAACACAGCCUUUGUUCUUUGUACAACUUACCUUACCCAGCAGCUCCAAACUGCAAGUGUGUAUUGUUCUUGGGAACUGACUCUCUUUUGGAGUAAGCUGCAGAGACGAAUGGACUCUUCUUUAGACACCUUUUUGGAGCGCUGUCGGCAGUUUGGUGUCAUAGCCAAAACACAGCAGCAUUUAUUUUGCCUGAUUAGAGUUGUACAAACUGAAGCACAAGAGGCUGGCCUCGGGGUGUCAAUUUUAUUAUGCGUGAGAGCUCUUCAGCUCAGAUCAAGUGAAGAUGAGGAAAUGAAGGCAUCCGUCUGUAAAACAAUUGCUUGUCUUUUACCAGAAGACUUAGAAGUUAGACGGGCCUGUCAGCUGACCGAAUUCUUAAUAGAACCUACUUUGGAUGGAUUUAAUAUGUUAGAAGAGCUGUAUGUGCAACCCGAUCAAAAAUUUGAUGAAGAAAAUGCACCGGUUCCAAAUUCUCUCCGAUGUGAGCUCUUACUAGCUUUAAAAGCCCACUGGCCUUUUGAUCCUGAAUUUUGGGACUGGAAAACUUUAAAACGGCACUGCCACCAACUCCUAGGACAAGAAGCUUCAGAUUCUGAUGAUGAUCUAAGUGGCUACGAAAUGUCCAUUAAUGACACAGAUGUUUUAGAGUCAUUUCUCAGUGACUAUGAAGAGAGCAAAGAUGAUAAACAAUAUAGAAGAAAAGAUAUAACAGAUCAGCAUAAGGAGAAAAGAGACAAAAAACCCAUUGGUUCUUCUGAAAGGUACCAAAGGUGGCUUCAGUAUAAGUUUUUCUGUUUAUUAUGUAAGCGAGAAUGCAUAGAGGCCAGGAUUCUUCAUCACUCUAAGAUGCACAUGGAAGACGGCGUUUACACCUGUCCAGUCUGUAUUAAAAAAUUCAAAAGAAAAGAAAUGUUUGUUCCUCAUGUGAUGGAGCAUGUUAAAAUGCCACCAAGCAGAAGGGACCGCUCGAGAAAGAAGUUACUGUUGAAAAACUCUCAAAAGGGUAUUUGUCCUAAGAGUCCCUCAGCAGCAGAGCAAAACCAGUCAUUGGAUGAGCAGGCCCAAGGAGAGGCUCAUGAGUAUGUCACCUUCAGCAAGUUAGAAGACCGCCAGCUGCAGGACAGAGAUUUGUACCCAUGUCCUGGCACAGACUGUUCCCGUGUAUUUAAGCAAUUUAAAUACUUAAGUGUGCAUCUUAAAGCUGAACACCAAAAUAAUGAUGAAAACGCCAAGCACUAUUUGGAUAUGAAAAAUAGGAGAGAGAAGUGUACUUACUGUCGCCGACAUUUCAUGUCUGCUUUUCACCUGCGGGAGCAUGAACAAGUGCAUUGUGGUCCUCAGCCUUAUAUGUGUGUAUCUAUAGAUUGCUAUGCUAGGUUUGGAUCAGUGAAUGAGCUGCUGAACCAUAAACAAAAACAUGAUGAUCUACGUUAUAAAUGUGAAUUAAGUGGCUGUAAUAUUGUGUUUAGUGAUUUGGGACAGCUGUACCACCAUGAAGCACAACACUUUAGGGAUGCAUCUUACACAUGCAACUUUCUUGGCUGUAAAAAGUUCUACUAUUCCAAAAUUGAGUACCAGAACCACCUCUCAGUGCAUAACGCUGAAAGCUCAAAUGGAGAUAUGAAGAAACCAGUGAAGCUUGAAGAGCCUGCAACAAGUGAAAAGCAAGAUUGCGUUGAUCGGCCCCAUGUACUUGACCAAAGUGAUAAAUCACAUUCACCAGAGGAUCUUUUCUGCCCCGAAUCAGGUAGUGCACAACUCGAUACAGAAACCGCAGAGAACCAGCUGAAAGAAAACAGCGACAGUAAUUCCAGCGACCAACUCAGUCAGAGCUCUUCAGCUUCCAUGAAUGAAGAGCUAAUCGACACACUGGAUCCUUCUGAAAGCAUGCAGGAUAUAUUGUUGCCCCAUGAGAAAGUCUUUGCGCCUUCCAGCUUAAAAGAAAACUGCUCCGAUGUAGCCGUUUGUUUUGAUGGGAAUAAAUUUACUUGCGGAUUUGAUGGCUGUGGUUCCACAUACAAAAACGCAAGAGGGAUGCAGAAGCACUUACGAAAGGUUCACCCAUACCAUCUCCAACCCAAAAAGGUAAAGACAAAAGAUCUCUUGCCCUGCGUGGAUAAUGAACACAAUCAAACAACUGAAAAGUGUGAUGCUGAACAUAAACCCAACUCAGAUCUAAGCAGUGACUCCCCAGAUGAAGUUCUCGAUCAGAGCAUUCAUUCUAAAUGUAAAAGAGAGCAUCAAGAGUGCUCCUCAGAAGCCGCCGUUGGCGCUUCUAAAAGGCCGUGUACAGAGGACACCAUGUUGGAACUUCUCCUACGCUUAAAACAUUUAAGCUUGAAAAACUCAAUAACACAUGGAUCUUUCUCAGGGUCUUGGCAGGGGUACCCAUCCAGUGGUGCUACGUCUCUCCAGUCUGGGUCAUCUGUCUCAGACCUUCAUUUUCAGAAUCAAGGUGAAACUAUGCCAAGUCAAUACCUUGCACAGUUGGCGGCUAAGCCUUUCUUCUGUGAGCUUCAAGGGUGCAAAUAUGAGUUUGUGACCAGAGAGGCUUUGUUAAUGCAUUAUCUUAAGAAGCAUAAUUAUUCAAAAGAAAAAGUCCUCCAAUUGUCCAUGUUUCAACAUCGCUAUUCUCCUUUCCAGUGUCAUAUUUGCCAAAGGUCAUUUACAAGAAAAACACACCUUCGGAUACAUUAUAAAAAUAAGCAUCAAAUUGGCAAUGACAGAGUAACCCAAAAACUCUUGGACAAUGAAAAAUGUGAUCACGAAGGCCCAUGCUCAGCAGACAGGUUGAAAGGUGAUUGUUCCGAAGACCUUGGAGGCGACCCCAACAGCGCUUCCGAGAAACCGCACUGUCACUCUAAAAAGGACGAAUGCAGUUCAGAAACAGACUUGGAGUCAUCUUGUGAAGAAACCGAAAGUAAAACAUCUGAUAUGUCAUCGCCAGUAGGUAACCACAGAGAAGAACAAGAAGGACGAGAGGGGAGAGGAAGCCGGAGAACUGUGGCUAAGGGAAAUCUCUGCUAUAUUUUGAACAAAUACCACAAACCAUUCCAUUGUAUCCACAAAACUUGCAAUUCCUCAUUUACCAAUCUCAAAGGCUUGAUACGUCACUACAGAACUGUGCAUCAGUACAACAAAGAACAAUUAUGUUUAGAGAAAGACAAAGCGAGAACCAAAAGGGAACUUGUCAAAUGUAAAAAGAUAUUUGCUUGCAAAUAUAAGGAAUGUAAUAAGCGCUUCCUGUGUUCCAAAGCUCUUGCUAAGCACUGCAGUGACUCUCAUAACCUAGACCACAUUGAUGAGGAGCCUAAAGGCCUUUCAGAAGCGGAAUCUGUGGCAAAGUUUCCCUGCAGUCAGCCCCAGUGCCCUGCUGUCUUUCCUACAUUCAGUAAGUUGCAGCAUCACUUGAUGGAACAGCAUAAUACUGAAGGAGAAAUACAUCCAGAUUAUGAAAUUCAUUGUGCUCUUAAUGGCUGUGGACAGAUUUUCACCCAUCGUAGUAACUACUCCCAACAUGUGUAUUACCGACAUAAAGACUGUUACGAUGAUCUGUUUAGAAGCCAGAAAGUAGCAAAUGAAAGGCUACUAAGGAGUGAAAAGGUGUGUCAAACCACCAACACUCAGGGGAAUGGACAUCAGAACACCAGGAGGUCAUUUAGUAGCAAGGCUAAAAAAUGUGGUUUAUUCAAAGAUAAGAAAACUCCAAUUGCUUUUAAAACAAGAGCUGAAGCCCUCCAUAUGUGUGUGGAGCAGUCUGAGCACACGCAGUACCCAUGCAUGGUUCAGGGGUGCUUAUCUGUGGUGAAGUUGGAAAGCAGCAUUGUGAGACAUUACAAACGUACUCAUCAGAUGAGUAGUGCGUAUUUAGAGCAGCAGUUAGAAAAACUUGUUGUUUGUGUUAAGUACGGUACCAAAAUUAAAGAGGAGGCCCCCUCUGAAGUGGAGUCCUGUGUAAAGCAAGAAAACGGAAGCUGUGAGUUAGAGCACACAGCGCACAGCCAUUCCCUGGGCAACAGCAGCACACCUGUCCAGAGCACUGAUUCCUCUCAUCUGGGUGGACAGGACAGAAGUCAGAAAGGGUGUACAGAAAGCAAACCAGUAUUUGAUGCAGAUACCGUGCUCUACAGGGGGACUUUGAAAUGUAACCACGGUUCAGAAUCCACUUCUUUGGAACAAUGUAAUAUAGUUCAGCCUCCUUCUUGUAAAAUAGAAAAUUCCAUACCUAAUCCCAGUGGGACGGAAAGCGGGACUUAUUUCACGAGUUUCCAGCUGCCUUUACCAAGGAUCAAAGACUCAGAAACUGGGCAGCAUAGUUCAGGGCAAGAAAACACUGUUAAGAAUCCAACCAAUCCCGUCUCAAAAGAAAAUUUUAGGAAGCAGUCACAGCCCAGAUCAUUUGAUCUGAAGACUUACAAGCCUAUGGGGUUUGAAUCUUCUUUUCUGAAGUUUAUUCAGGAAAGUGAAGAGAAAGACGAUGAUUUUGAUGAUUGGGAGCCUUCAGAACACUUACCAUUAAGUAACUCUUCACAGCCCAGUAAUGACUUCACAGGGAAUGUUGUGGCAAAUAAUAUGGUGAAUGACAGUGACCCUGCAGUUGACAUACCUCAUUCUUCCAGUGACUCUGCAGUUCAUGAGAACUUGACUGCGAUCCCACCUUUCAUAGAAGCUGAGACAACAGCAGUUCCUUCCUUGGAAAACCUUAGGGUUGUAUUGGACAAAGCAUUAACAGACUGUGGAGAACUUGCCUUAAAACAACUUCAUUAUCUUCGGCCAGUUGUUGUCCUUGAAAGAUCUAAGUUUUCCACCCCACUUUUAGACUUGUUUCCAACAAAAAAGACAGAUGAACUUUGUGUAGGAAGUUCCUAAAUAGCAAUUUUGUUUUAAAAACAGACUGGCUCCAAAACUGCAACAUUGGGACAAUUGCCAACUCGAACAAAGGCUGAGAACCAGCUACACUGUUGUUUAGGGUAGAAUAGGCUGUGUAUUUACAUGAAUGUAUAAUAUCUAUGUCAGCAGUAUUGGCUGAGUGCAUUAGCUCUCCAGUUGGUUUAUUGAUUGGGUUGGUUGUUUUUUUUUGUUGUUAUUAAAACAAAGAAAUGGAA